AUGACGGGGGAGCCGCAGCCCAGACACACUGAGGGCAAGAGACAGCGCGCUACAGAGCAAGAACAGGAGCAGAAGCGGACUGUGCGUCCCACGGCGAGCAGCGGGCGCGGGCGCUCCAAACCCAGCGCGCGUCCCCNCUGUGCGGGCGCGGGGUCCCCAGGGCCCUCUCGGAGAGCCCCCCGCCCGGGUGUGCCUGGCAAGGAGUUGGGAGGGGCUGCUGGGGAGAGAGCGUUCCAGCCCGAGUGGUCCCUGAAACAUCCUCAGAUGCAGCCCGGCAUUGCCCGGGGAGCCCUGGCUUUCCUGCCCCUGGCAGCCCCCUGCACCUCGCAUAAGAAAGUGAAACGGAACGUGCUGCUGCCGCCCAGCGAAGCUGGCAAAUGCAUGGCCGCGGGCACACAGAGGCUCUGCCGCCUGCCGGGACUCGCUCAAAGUCUGCACGGCCAGGCCUUCUCAGUGCCCUGGAUCUCUAGGAAGGAGAAACCUUUCAGGAAGCAAUUCGAGGAACUCAAGGGGUCCUUGGAUCUGGAGAAGGCAGAAGAAGCCCCCCACCCCCAAGUCCAUGAGGACAUGGCAGCAGGAGGGAUCCAGUCAGGAUUGGUGGAGGCCAGAGCCGCUGCAGCCGCAUCUGGGCUGGCAGCUGCCGCCUGCACCCUGGUCACGCGCGGGGAGGUGGCCAGGGACAAAGCCACUCCUCCCUGCCUCGACCAACCACCACAGAAUGACUCCCAGCCUGGGGGGCGGGGGGCCAGCCGCCUGCAACUGGCCACGUUCCUUGGGCAGUCCCUUGCCGUCGGGCCGCAGUAUUCCUCCCUGGGCACUCAGCCCAUCCUGUGCGCCAGCAUCCCCGGCCUGGUGCCCAAGCAGCUGCGCUUCUGCCGGAACUAUGUGGAGAUCAUGCCCGGCGUGGCCGAGGGCAUCAAGGUCGGCAUCCAGGAGUGCCAGCACCAGUUCCGCGGCCGCCGCUGGAACUGCACCACGGUCAACAACAGCCUGGCCAUCUUCGGUCCCGUGCUGGACAAAGCCACCAGGGAGUCCGCCUUUGUCCAUGCCAUUGCCUCAGCCGGAGUGGCCUUUGCAGUGACGCGUUCCUGUGCGGAGGGCUCGGCUGCCAUCUGUGGCUGCAGUAGCCGCCAUCAGGGCUCACCGGGCGAGGGCUGGAAGUGGGGUGGCUGCAGUGAGGACAUCGAGUUUGGUGGGAUGGUGUCUCGGGAGUUUGCAGAUGCCCGGGAGAACCGGCCAGAUGCCCGCUCGGCCAUGAAUCGCCACAACAACGAGGCUGGACGCCAGGCCAUCGCCAGCCACAUGCAUCUCAAAUGUAAGUGCCACGGGCUGUCGGGCAGCUGUGAGGUGAAAACCUGCUGGUGGUCGCAGCCCGACUUCCGCGCCAUUGGCGACUUCCUCAAGGACAAGUACGACAGCGCCUCGGAGAUGGUGGUGGAGAAGCACCGCGAGUCGCGCGGCUGGGUGGAGACGCUGCGGCCGCGCUACACCUACUUCAAGGUGCCCACGGAUCGCGACCUGGUCUACUACGAGGCCUCGCCCAACUUCUGCGAGCCCAACCCCGAGACGGGCUCCUUCGGCACGCGCGACCGCACCUGCAACGUGAGCUCGCACGGUAUCGACGGCUGCGACCUGCUGUGCUGCGGCCGUGGCCACAACGCGCGCACCGAGCGGCGCAGGGAGAAGUGCCACUGCGUCUUCCACUGGUGCUGCUAUGUCAGCUGCCAAGAGUGCGCGCGUGUCUACGACGUGCACACCUGCAAGUAGGCGGCGGCAGCG